GCGAGAGGUCGUGUGUCGAGUUGCGAGGUUCCGACUUACGAGUUACGUAUUCCGAGUUACGUGUUACGACUACGUGACGUUUGUUUAUCGGUAUAUAUUCGUCGAUAAAGAUAAAAAGCGUUAAUUCUUUUAGUUUUACGAGAUUAAAUGAUGGGUUAGUGUCUACUAGCUACUAGCUGACAAAGAACUCAAGAAAUGGAUAGAACUAUGGUAACAGUGUUGAAUGGAAUGUGAAAUACUAUUGUAAAGAUGGAUGACAGUUCGCCUGAUCUGUCGCUGAAGCUGCGGCGGGGUUCGAGCGACUCCCGGGAGUCUUUUUACAUGGACUUCGCUCAAGGCAUCGAUUCUGAUAUCGAGGAAGUGACGACCAUUGAGCGAAUUAUACCCGAGCAUCCGGGGAGGGAGGGUGAUUCCGACACUCUGGCAACACCUUCCGGCCUCGAUGACAAGGAUCUGUCACAAUGCUGUUAUUCAAUACCAGCGAACAACAUGUCCGGAGGAUCCCACGUCUCGCGGGGGACCUUCGGGGCGGACUCGGAGAUGUCAGGAAGCAGUGCUGCUCCUCUGCCCAGCCCCGCCUCCCCUGGCGCUGCGCUGGUGUCCCCCGAGACCCUCAGCAGACACAGUAGCCCGCCGCCGAUACCAGCACAUCCACAACCAGCGCCAUCUUGUUCAUCACACCGCGUCCACAUGGAGUCACCUAUGAGACUAUCGAGUCCACCAUCAAUGACUCUGGGCGCGUCGUUGUCCCUGCAGCCGAUGUUGUACCCUCAAGGGCCUCAGCCUCCUCUGCCCCCGACGAGGCAUCAGACACGCUCGUCAGCCGCUAUACAGAACAUGCACGUUAUUAGUGCCGGAGACGCGCUCGCGACCACUUUAUCAGCUCUCUAUGGUAAACUGCUCGUAGUUAUGGGAGUGGCAUUCCCCAUGGCAGAGGUCAUCUCCACGUACAUUCCUCCGUCGUUUUAUGAAGGCUUCUACCUCUAUUUAUACAUCGGCAGUAUGGUCUUCUUGCUGUACAUGUACGCUGCCUUACUCCGAGACAGGUCCAGGUCAGCUGCUGACACCACUGUCGUUGCCAAGUCAGACUCAAGUUCAUCUCAAUCUGAAUCGGAGACGUCGUCUCGUUCCGAACGCACCGCUCCGCCGCAGCUCGCUGGGAAGCGACUGUCUUUGGGCUUCGCUCUUGCAACACGAACGCAUCAUUAUGGAAGCUUCUACUUAAGAAUGGGGGCUGUUGCGUUUGGCAUCGGUUCCAUGAUAUACUCCGGCUUGGAAUUCGGUCAGUAUUGGGAGUUGGAGAGGAACACGAACUGUCACAAUGUCCUGCUCGCCCUGACACCGGCCACUAGGAUGGCAUUCAUCUUCAUUCAGAUGUACUUCAUCUUUCUAAAUAAUGAGAUGAAAGUUUACAAACACAAAAUAGUGGCUAGAUUCGGCCUCAUGCACAUGGUCGGCACGAAUCUCAGUGUUUGGCUCAAUGUGCUGGUUCAGGAGACGAAACAUGAGAUAUUGACCUUUUAUGACCCCGAAAAUAAGACUAUAGGAUUAUCACAUCGAUUGGCAUUUCAAAAAGCCUUCGCUUCUUUGUCCACCGAAGUCCCGCCGUCUCAUCCCGCCGCUGCACAUCUCCGAGUCCCGCGCGGUCUCAAGGGACCCCAUCAUAUCUUCGAAUGCCGGCGGACGAACAUAAUGGGGUCCUUGGUACAAGACGCCUCUCCGUUCCUGUUCCCAUGCACCAUCGAGUAUUCACUGAUAUGUGCUGCGAUACUUUACGUUAUGUGGAAAAAUAUUUCCAAGUAUCCAUCUAAAGAUGUCGCCGAAGCUAUAGCCAAGGCGCGUAUACUGGAAGGAUUGGCAUAUAAGAAAUCUCCUCAUUUAUACAGCGUGGACUGCGCCCGAGCUCAUAAAGGUCUAUUCUUCGGUAUCUUGGUAUUGGUUCUGACGAUAAUAUCUCUGAUUCUAUUCUUCGUUCUUAUAUCGAGAAGAGAAUAUGCAACUUUAGCUGUGGUUGAGGUAAACGUUUGUGAAUUGGCGCUGUACGCUAUGACGACAUUUGCAAGUUUGGCUGGAAUGGUAUGCGUUAGGAAUCUCAAGUACGAUGGCAACAGAAAUUUGGAACUCGACAAUAUACUGCUCGUCGGAGCUCAGACUGGCAUGUUCAUUUAUGGUACAUUCACAAUCAUCGGUGGACAUUUCACUAUAGAAAAAAAUACGAUUCUUAUUCUAAUAACUGCCCUGUCGUCCUUGGUUCAAACCACAUGUCAGACGAUGUUUAUUUUGGACGCUAGUAGAAGAUCAGCGAAAACGCCGGAACAGUUACGUAAAAAGCCAGGCAGAGAAAUAGUAACCUUUCUUCUCGUAACAAAUUUAGCGAUGUGGGCAAUCAAUACAUUGGAGAAAUCACGAGCGGAAUCUCAUCCCAUACAAUUGCAUUUCUAUGGUUUGUGGGCUUGGACCAUUAUAACACACGUUUCGAUGCCCUUGGCUAUAUUUUACCGUUUCCAUUCAACUGUCUGUCUGUGUGAAAUAUGGAAGAGGGCGUACAAGAUGAAGCCAGCUUACAUGUAGCGAAUUGUGCCGAAGAUUACUAUUGAAUAAAUAUUUUUAAAAGUAGAACCGUGGCGUUGUAUUAGUGCCAUACUUGUAUGUAUAAGAAUGAUCAUGUAUAUUUUAUGCACACUUUUCCUUCUUAUUGUCACUGUACCGUUUGAUACAGUGACCUUUGCUUGUAUUUGUGUUAAAGUUGACUGCUGUAAUGUUAAGUUAUUGUAUUUAGAUAUUUUAAUGUGUUAUUUAUUUGUAGCUUUAUGAAUCGCUUUAACUAUGAUAAAGAGAUAUGUUUAUAUGAUACAGUAUUUCUCAAUGAGACGGGUUGAAUUAUAUUACUUUUAGCGUUUAAAUUUUUUGAUGUUAUUUUUUGGUUGAACUGUGUUGUUAUGUAGUAGUGGAGCGCUUGCGUUCCUGUGUUCAUCACAUUAUCAUGUUUAGAAGACUUAGAUUGCUUAGUAUAGGUAUAGACUUACAUCCACAUUCCAUAUACAGAUUUCAUCUCCAUCGCAUAACUCAAAUAAGCUUCAAUGAGAGUGUCUUCCAAUAGGUAAUAUUUUUUAAAAAAAUCAUACUUUUUCAUCCACAUCAACAUACACUAAUUCCUAGUUUGCUUGUGCUCUUAUCGUAAACAAAUACUGUAACAGUUUUUUGUACAACCGUAAUAUUAUAGUCAAUACUUAGUAAGUGUACCUACAUACACCCAGUACAUAAUUAUGUGAAAAAUUAACACAUUCAUUUUAUUUCAACAAUACUUUUGAUGGACACAAGCAAAAGAUUUUCAUUAGACAGCGGGAACAAUGAUAUCGACCUAAUAUUUUUUUGGAAACCUUUAUAAACAGUACGUGUAUUUUAGGUCACUCUUUACACUAUGGAGUAUAGUCUGAUAGCUAUAUAUUUUGCGAUGUAAAUGUAGCGACUGUAUUUUGGAUACAUUUACGAAGCAACAUUGAUGGACCCAGUAGUUCUAGCUAGGCAAACGUGACACCAAAGUUUUAUACGAAUGUAGAACAUUUAUAUGGUUUAUAUUUAAUUUUAAUAUAUUAUAUUUUGAACGAUUUUAAUAAUGACUUUAAUCGGAUACAGUUUCACAAUGACGAACAGUGGUUAUGACUUUCAAAGUUAAAAUUAAGUACUCGGUAUAGUUUUAAUAUACUCAUAAUUUUGAUAUCUGAUAAUUUAUUGAUUUUAUUACACACCUAACGUUUUAUAAAUUUUUAUAAUGUAAAAUACUACCUAUAUUAUCAUUGCUCAAUUUACUGAUUACAAUUUUUAUAGUACUCAAUAAAGAAUUUAUGAAGCUUGAACAAUAGAUGUGGGUAGAUUCGGUAUUAUGUUAAGAAGACGAAGUUAAUACGGAUCAAGUAUGAAUUUUGAGGGAAAAUAAAAUAACUUAAUUUUUUUAACCUUCUACAUUAUAAAGUAAUUUAGUCGCACAUAUACUGGCAAUAUUAAUUCUAUUUUACUUUCAGCGUAUAUAAUGUUUGUACGAAGAGAUUUCUGAAUAGUCCUGGAGCAUGGUUAAAAAUAAUAUUUGUAUUAAGUCGUAUCGGUGAGAUGACAAGGAAUGUGUAUAUUGCAGUGAAUAGUUUUACUUUGUGUAUUGUAGAAGAUUAAGAAAUAACUUUAAUGUAUCUGAAUACUCAUUUAAAUAUUUAAUAUUUGUAAAACUCUAACUUGUAAUGUUUUCAUUUGUUUUUCUGUGAGAUGUUCGGUUUUUUUUUAAAUUUUCAUCUACCUUCGUAACUGUCCUCGCUCGCUAAAACCAAGAUAUUGUUAUAUUUUAUUAUUAUUUAUUUAAGAAAAUUCUUCUACCAAAAUAAAAGAUCUGACAAAGCUAAGAAUAAAAUCUAUGUUACGGCCGUUUCUGAUAAUUAAAUAAAAAUUUUAAAAGGCAAAAAUAGACGACAUGAUCUGUAAAUAAAUAUUUUAAUUCAGAAAUUAUUUCCAAAUCAAUGUUAUAUAUUUUAAGAUUUCUUUAUUUGUCUCAAUGUUUACACACGUGAAAACUCAGUGGUCAUUGUAAUUAUUUAUGAACCGACAAAUUUAAAGUGAUAGUGAUACUAGAGUAAUUUGCUAUUAUAUUUGUAUACUAUUUAUUUCGUUUAGGUUAUAAUACUGUGAAUAGAGAGUAAGAGUAACACAUUGGAUGUUUAUCGUUUACAAACAAAUAAACUUUCUUGAAACUAUCGUA